CAUCAAACCGCACACGAUAAUUCUGCAACCUCUUCCCUGGCAUGAAGAGUUACACCUUAAUUCAUUCCUCCCGAAAAGUAACUUGAGAAAUGUUCUGGAGUGGAGCUCUGUAAUCCUGGGAUCCGUCUUUCUAUCACGUCUGUUCCGUCUGCCACCGCCUUUUCGCAUUCAAGGGACGACGCGCUCGGGUUAUUGACCUUGAGGCUGAUAAAAAAUAAGUCCUCCCUCCCUCUCUAUCGCUUCUCCUUCUUCCCGCCCCCAGGAACGACCGUUGAAAUCGCGUCCAGAUAUACCCAGUGUGUGUGUGCUUGUGCAAGCGCAGCAAGCAAGCCUCACCACCCCACGACAGGUUUUUAUUUAUUUAUUUUUUUAGCUUCUGCUUUUUUUAUACAUAUAUAUUUUUUUUUUGUUUACGUCCUAUCGGACUUAUCGCUCCGACCAAAAGGAUUCGCGAAGUCGAAAAUGAAUAAAUAACUUCCCCGGACAGCAGCAGCGAAAAGAAGAACCAGACCAAGUCGAAGGAAAAAAAAAAUUUCUCCUUUGGAAAAAAGGUUUGAAAGUGGCGUCUCUCUUUUUCGACAACGACGACUUUUUUCAUCGAUCCGUCUAGCACUGCCUCUGCAGUAGAAGAGAACACGCAGCAACAGCCCGCCAGUCAAUAUCUUCUCGUCUCCACCACCCCUCCCAGACGCGGCGCAGCUUUAGCCAACCCCUCUCUCGGAGUCUGCGUCCCGCCCGUUUUUUGUGCCGCUCCCCCCUCUCCAUCGAACCUUCCUCCCCCCCCCCCCGCCGCUUCCAUUUUUUUCUCUUCCCCCCAUUCGUCCAUUCGUUCCAUCUCUUCCUCUCUUCCCUAACCUCUACUUUAUUGAUUGGAGGCGCGCAACCUGCGUCUAGCUUUGCCUAGGGAGGAGGAAGGAGGGUCUUUUUUGCCCGACCCAAACGUUCUUUUCUUUCCCGACGUCUUCGCAGGGAUACAGCAGAAAUGGAUGAAGUACCAGCCGAGACCGCGUCCUGACGCUCAACCGACGAAAAAAAACAGACGAUAGUUGCCUGCCUGCUUGCUUGCCCGCGCGCGCGAGUUUUUACCUCUUGCUUCCCGUAGAAUAAAAAAAAAACCCGUCAUAAAAAGGGGUUCGCUGGAGAAGAAAAAUAAUAAUACUAAUAAUAAAAAAUAAAAAAAAGAAGAACCGACUUCCCCCCCACCGACCGUGUCGUAAACUGACUAAUUAACUUCUUAAUGAGGUGUCAAAAAGUGCGUGAAGAAAAGGAAGAAACAACCCUCUUUUGAUUAAGUUUGAGGAGAGGGGGUGGUUUUUCGAGAGGAGGAGGAGGAUUAGAGGAAGAAAAAAAAAAAAAAAUGGUUUCACACGCUCGGCCAUUUUUUUCGUCAGACUCGACCACCUAAAAAGUUCUGGUGAGGAGGCAGCCAAACAAAAACUGGUGGAUUCCGACCGAACGAAUCUGUGUGCGAAAACGUGCGGGGAUGGUAAUUUGUGCUGCCACGGCGCUGCUGUGAUGCACGCUCUCUGGCGGAACAGCUGAGUAAUUAAAAGAAUUUUUUUCUUCUUCUUUUUAACGACUGCCAAUUGACGCUAAUGAAGGCCGCCGAAGACCACGUGCUACGAGGGAAAAGCCUCCUCGCAAGAGAGUGAAGGAUUGUGAAAAUGCAAUUAAGGGUGCUCGCAUGAAUUCUCAAACAGAAAGUAACCCAAGUCGGAAAUUUUGAAAGUUGCUAAUCCCACCACAUCUGAGCACAUGGCAGUUAAGUCCCCUAAGUUGGGGUCUGGUUCGGGCUUACUCUGGAUGGCGGGCUUAUACAGACCUAGAGAAAUGGACGGACCCGACCGGCAUUCUCUACCAUCACUCCAGAAAACUUCCCAGCGCUUUAUUGAACCUUCAGAUUUGGAACGAUCGCUGCUAGACCCCUACGAUUCCCGGAAUAUUGAGGAGAACUUACAAGGAAACGUGGAUUCUUCCCAAAUUCCAAACCUCUUCGGAAACCAUGGCAAUGCCAACAACGCCAACCCUGCCAAUGCCAACAAUACCAACAAUUCCAGUAGCCGAGUCAACAACCACAGCGGGCAGAUGCCACCCCUUCAAGUCCCUAAGAAGAGCAUGUUGCCCCAGAUGGGCCCGCCACAAGAUGCAGUGGCCAUGGGGCCCUUGCCGACCAAGAUGUCGCCCCAGCAUCAGAACCCUAAUGACAUGAAUCCCAGUGCCAAUGGAAGCACAGGAAGGAAAUACCAGUGCAAAAUGUGUCCGCAGAUCUUCAUGCACAAGUCUGCGAUGCAGCACCACUCCCGGGAGGCUCAUCGAGGCGACAUCAAGCCCUACCAGUGCCAGCAGUGUCUGAAGUCAUUCUCCUCCAACCACCAACUGCUGCAGCACAUUCGCAUCCAUACCGGAGAGAAGCCCUACAAGUGUUCCUACUGUGACAGGAGAUUCAAGCAACUCUCGCACGUGCAGCAGCACACCAGGCUGCACACGGGAGAGCGCCCAUACAAGUGUCAUCUUCCCGAGUGCAACCGGGCUUUCAUCCAGCUGUCCAACCUGCAACAGCAUCUGCGCAACCACGAGAGCCAGGUGGAGCGCGCCAAGAACAGACCGUACGUCUGUAAUACGUGUGGCAAAUGCUUCGCCACCGACAGCAGCCUCCGGACGCAUGGCUCUAAAGUAAUGAGCUGUAGCCAAAAUAACGCUGGCAUAAAUUGCGGCAUGCAUGAUGACAAAAAUGUUCAAAACGCUCUACAGGGCAGACCAAUGGACUUAGAGCUAUCAAACUUGCAGCACGUGGCUCUGAUAUCGAACCCAUUCGCUCAAGUCUGCCCGAUGUGCCAUAAGAGCUUCGUAAGUUCCGAUCUGCUGAUGGAACAUAUGCAGAUCAUGCACAAGACUGGAAACAACAUUGGCAUGACCACAAGUAAACGCCGCACCGGCAGUCACCAGUGUCCACUGUGUGGCAAAACCUACGUGAAUGAGGGAUCUUUGAGGAAGCACAUUGCAUCCCACCAGGAUCCCGCUGCAACCGUAGCUGCGGGCUUGCAAGGGCCGCCCCUCAGAAUGUGGCCUUGCACUGUGUGUCAGACAGUUUUCACUCAAGAAGCCGGUCUUCUCCACCACAUGGAAGCGAUGCGUACUGACCCACGGCACCAGUUUGCUGCUCAGUAUCUCUUGAGCCGUGCUGCCGCUGAGCGAAGGAUGAAGGAUCCCAGCGAUCCAUCUGGAUCUGGAAUGCCGCCCUCUUCCUCUUCCGAGCAGCACCAUGCCCAUAUGCAGCAGCAGCAACAACAACAACAACAGCAGCAGCAACAGUGCUCCAACAUGAUGGGUGGAAUGCCACCGCCUCCACAACAACCACAACCCCAGCAGCAGCAGCAGCAACAACCCCCUCAGCAGCGCCUGGGAAGUAACAGCAACAGCAGUAACUGCUGUAGCUCCGAUUCUGAAACGGAUCCUCAUACUAGCCCACCCACGCUCAAAUCAGACAACACUUUGCAGCAGCAACAACAACAACAGCAGCAGCAACAACAACAACAACAGCAGCAACAACAACAGCAACAGCAGCAGCAGCAUUAUACGAACAUGCUUCAUUAACGAUAAUUGGACGUUAAAUAUCUUGCAUAACUGUGCUGCCAUUUUAAAAAGGUUUACUAUAUAAAUUACACGACUUACGUUAUAAAUACUCACACAUGAUUGCGUGCAUAUAUUUAUACUUUAUGUAUAAUUGAUUACAAUUAUAUAUAAUAGCUCAUGGCAUCUUUCUCCUGUUGUUUUCUGUUUUUAAGUAUCUGCCAAUGCUGCAAGCCACUUCUAAAUGUUCGAACAAUAAAGCCGAAUUGAACGGAUGUUCUUUCAAGUGAAAUUAAUUAUAGGUCUCUGGUGACGACAUGGACUGUAACAGAAUAAGAAUUGAAAUAUGCUUUAACCCACCAAAAUGAAGAGCCGCAUAUUUCUUUUGAAUUUUGUUUGUCCGAUGAAAUGAAUUAUGAAACUCAGAUGUGGUCAGAGAACUUAUUUUGGACUAGCUACUAUGUCCUUUUCAAUCGGUUAUAGUUUUUGAGAAUUGAGUGCUGAUUGGUUGGAUUAAUAAUAUUGGGGAAAAUGGCAUGUUGGACUUUUUUAUGUGAAAUGGUUUGAAGUUUAUAUAGGCUUCUACUAUAAGGCGAUGCCAAAAACCGAAUUUGAAAUUUCUCUUUUUUGAUAUAAUACUUAACGUGUUCAGAACUGAAUCUGACUAGAUGGUUCAUUUCAGUCAUUUGUGGAUUUUACUCUACUAAUAUGGCAUUUUAUUGGAAUAUAUUUUAUCCAAUAAAAUAUGAAUGAUAUUGAUAUGAAAACUAUAAGCCAUAGAAUUCUAAAUGUUUACUCAAUUUAAUGAAAUAACCAUCCAUCUCAUCAUAGUUGAUUUUCAGGAAAAUUUUAAUUUUCCUUUGAUAUUUUAAAACAUUUUUUU